AUGGAUGAUGCAGUUCAAGGCCUUGAUCCCAUGUGUGCUGCUGGACUAGGGAACCCUGGCACACCAAUGGGCCUGGACCAUGUGGUGCCAGACAGUGCACAACCUGUGCUCAAGCCGGAAGAGAUAACAUUUGAAGUGGCCCAGCCACCCAAGUAUGAGCAAGUUGUGGUGGCCCCACCACAGUUGACCUAUUGCCCAGCCAAGGUGGCAUACCAAGAAGUACAUCAACCCCCAGUUCUGCAAAAAUGUGUCCAGUACAAGAAGGAGUAUGUGCCAAUGAGGGCAGAAUUUGAGUCACAACCUGUGGACCCAAGUGUCUUGACUGACAACAGUUGCCCUCAUGCACCUGCUGGCUAUGCAAGACCCAUAAAAACAUCUGCUUUUGAUGAGUAAAAAAAGUGUACCAAAUGAUCUUUGAUGUUAACCGAAAUAAAAUAUUGACUUCACAAA